GCGGCUCCCACGUCACUUCCGUGUAGCCUGGCCGCUUGUAGCUUCAGGUACCAAACCCAGGUUCGGUUUUUGAGGAUUAAAACGCGCGCCACGUGGACUGGAAACAGCGGGAUAGUGUGAUUUAUCAGGAACAAACAUGGACGAACAAACUCCCGACAUAGACGUGACGGUGAAGACCCUGGACUCCCAGAGCAGAACCUACACCGUCCGAGCUCAGCUGACAGUGAAAGAGUUCAAGGAGCACAUAGCCCCCUCGGUGGGCAUUCCCGUGGACAAACAGAGGCUCAUCUACCAGGGCCGAGUGCUGCAGGACGAGAGGACGCUGGCAGAUUACAAUGUGGGAGGGAAGGUGAUCCACCUGGUGGAGCGGGCACCCCCCCCACCCUCCCAGCCCGGCUCGGGUUCAGGGGGCACGUCAGCCGACAGCGGGCCGUCCUCGUCCUCCCAGGGAACGUCACAAGCACCGCCCCACGAUCGCAACGCCAACAGCUACGUGAUGCUGGGAACGUUCAACCUCCCCGUCAACAUCAUGGACCCCCAGCAGAUACAGAUGUCCGUCCAGCAGAUGGUGUCGGGGAUGGGGGAGAACGCCAGGAACGCCCGGGUCACGACCAGCACGGGGAGCAACGGCUCGGUGAACGUGCACAUCGACAUGGACCAGCCGGUCCAGAGCGAGCCCCGGCUGCGGCUGGUCCUCGCCGAGAAUCUGCUCCGAGACCUGGGGGACGUCAUCCAGGGAAUGGAGGGCCGGUCCGCCGACCCCCAGACCUCCCAGACCUCCCAGACCUCCCAGACCCCCCAGCCGGACACGGGUUCUGCUGCUGCUGCCGCCGCUGCUCCGCCGCCUCCCUCGUCCUCCUCCACCACCUCCACCCCGUCUCCCUCUGCACAGCCAAUGGACACCUCGCCACCGCCGACGACACCCCCGCCUCCACCCUCCUCCUCUGCCCCGUCUGAGGGACCCACUCCACAACCCGGACCCAAUCACCCCAGUCCGGCCGAGCUGGCGGAGAUGCUGUCGGAGCUGCGGAGGACGGAGGAGAGGCUGCAGCCGUUCAUCCAGAGAGCUCACACCAUCCUGGAGACGGCCGCCACCGCAGAGUACAACAAUAACACAGAAAGAGAAGACGACCAGCGGACUCUGGUCCAGAUGUGCGAGGGUCUCCGUCUCCUGGGCAACGCUCUGGUGGCCCUCAGCGACCUGCGGCUGAACCUCAUGAGCCCGGUGCCGCGCCACCUGCACGUGGUGCGGCCGUUCUCCCACUACGCCAGCCAAGUCUCCCUCCCCGGAGCCAUGCACCACCACAUCCCAGUGCAAAUGAACCUGGGCGCCACGGUGACUGUGGCGGCCAACAGCACUGAGGGACAGGCGCCGCCCCCCCAGCAGGCCGGCCAGCCGGAGCAGCCAGGUCAGGGACAGACCUCCCCCUCACAGAGUUCCCCGGCCAAUCAGCAGGCCGGACAGGGACAGGCCGGCCCCCGGGUCAUCAGGAUCAGCCACCAGGCAGUCCCGGUGGUCAUGAUGCAGAUGAACACGGACGGACCAGGUGGAAACGCUGCAGCAGCAGGUCAGCAGAUGCCCGGACAGCCAGGUGCCCUCCCCCCCGACUUCAUGCGGAACGUCAUGCAGCAGAUCAGCCAGUACGCAGCGGCUGUGGCCACCAGCGCCGCCACUGCCGUGGCAACGGGGCAGCCGGUCCCGCCCCAGCCCACCCCCCCCGGCUACAGCUCCACCCCCAACUCCUCCACCACCACCACGGGUCCCAACACCCCCACCACCACCCCCACGGCCCCCCCUCCGCCCUCCCACACCAGCCCUCAGCCGCAGGCCCGGGUGGUGUUCACCCGACCGCCGUUCGCCGCCAACAUGCCGCCCCCGGCGUUCGGGACCCGGGGGACGACCAUCAACGUGAGGGCGGCCCUGCCGGGCCAGCAGCCGGGGCAGGCGUUCAACCCCGCCGCUCUCAACCAGAUGAUCAGCGGCCUGGUGGGACAGCUGCUGCUGCCGGGGCAGAUGGCAGGCCAAACGGUGACGUCGUCCUCCCCGUCCACGUCCUCGUCCACCUCCACCUCCACCUCUUCGUCCUUCUCCUCCUCCUCUCAGAGCAAUUCCUCCUUUUCCUUCUCCGCCUCGGGUCCAACUCCACCUCCCCCUGCAAACGCCGCGUCGGCCCAGAACCCGCCUGAGAGCGGCGCCGGCGAGGCCCCGCCCCCGGAGAUGAGUUCAGAGUUCGGCCAGCUGCUGAGCUCGCUGCUCGGGGGGGCCGCCGGGCCCGGGGCCCACGGGGGGGCGCCCUCCAUCACCGUCACCACGUCCGGCGUCCCGGCCUUCAUCCAGGGAGUCACCGAGUUCAUGCAGCAGGCCUCCCAGCCCAUCUUCUCUGCGCCUCAAGCUCCAGCCGGGAACAGCCCAGCUCCGCCUGCAGGGACCAACCCCGCCCCCAACUCCACCCCCAACCCCGCGGCGCCGGCGGGGGCCGAGUCCCUGAACCCGGAGCUGUUCACGGGCAUCGUCCGAGGCGUCCUCAGCACCAUGAUGGGCUCCCUGGGUCAGGCCCAGAACGACACGGAGAGCAUCGCCCAGUUCAUGCAGAGGCUGUCGCAGGCCACCAACAUCUUCAUCAGCCCCGAGGAGCCCACAGGCUUCUUCGGGGAGCUGCUGAUGCUGGUGUGCCAGACCUUCACCAUGUCGGACCUGGUGGUGCUGCUCCACGGCCAGCACCAGCCGCUGAGCCGCAUCCAGCCGCUGCUGACCCGGUUCUUCAACGAGAACUACCUCAGCGGCAGGGAGCCCACCGACGACAACAUCAACGCUGCUGCCGACACCCUGGUCAACGAGCUGGAGGAAUACAUCAGCGAGAGCUUCAGAGAGUCGUCGGUGUCGGUGCUGGACGGCGUGGACAUCACCCAGACCAACAUGUCCUUCUUCAGAUACCAGCUCACGCACAUCGCCACGCACAUUCUGCGCUGCAACGACGAGACGUUCGGCCCCACGUUGUUGAGGAUGUGUAACCGGGCCUUGUUCGAGUGUCUGGCUCUGAAUCUGCACUGUCUGAGAGGAGACCAGAGAGCUCUGACCGCCGUCAUCAACCACCGAAUACGGAGGAUGUCCAGCGACAUCAGCCCCAGCCUGGUGAACUGGAUGACCAGCAUGAUGACCAUGAGGCUGCAGGUGAUCCUGGAGCACAUCCCCAUCUCCCAGGACCAGAUCCAGACCUACAUCGUUCACACGCAGGGGGAUCAGUCUUCAGCAGCCGGAGCAGCAGAGACGGAGCGAGCAGCCGCCGCCCCGAUCGGGGACACGCUCUCGCCGGCCGCAGCCACCACCGCCGAGGAGGCCAUGUCCGUGUCCCAGGACGCGGCCGUGUCGUCGCGGGAGACCAGGCCGUUGCCGGGAGACCUGGCGGCCGCGGGCGGAGCCGCGCCGGUGGGAGGAGACAUGGCGGCGGCCGGAGCCGAGGGAGGAAGUGAGGAGUCUGCCGGGGAGUCGGAGGCCUGGACGGCGUCUGUUCCCCCGGAGUGGGUCCCCAUCAUCCGCUGUGACAUGAUGACCCAGAGGAAGAUGAAGGCUCAGCCGCCGCUGUCCGACGCCUACCUGCACGGCAUGCCGGCCAAGCGCCGGAAGACGGGCCAGGGCAGCGCCAGCCUCCUGUCCCUCUCCGACGCGGUGAGUCAGGCGGCCCGGACGGCGGGCGUGAAGCCCAUCACCUCGGCCGAGCAGCUGCAGGGCGACCUGGACACCCAGGAGGUGAAGGAGGCGUACGCCGAGCAGGUGAAAACAGACAUGAAGAAGCGAGUCCAGGAGGACCCGGACUUCAGCUCCCAGCAGUUCCCCAGCGCACACAGAGCCUUCUCAGACUCGUAAUCACGUCCUCACAAGCAUCAACGCCGUUUCCUCCUCCAUCUGCAACAUUUCGGAUCUUCUUUUGACGCCAGCGAGCCGCUGCAGCUUCACCUCCGACCUGCCUCCUGCUGCGCCGGCGGAGAACCAGCCCGGGUCUUGUUUGCCAGGCGGCUCCAGCACCGACGCGCCAACAAGAGCCGGCCUGGUUUUCUGAGCUGGCGUCGCCCAGGACGCUGCAGGACUUCUGAGGUCACCGCAGGACUCAGACGUGUUUAAACUGUGAACAUCCCCCCGACCCGUCCCAGCGCUACUACUGAUCCCCACGGAGGACGGACCCGGGUCCGUCCAGCAGCUGCAGCAGCACCGCCUGCUGGCGGAGCAGGGAACUGCACCACCCGAGGAGAAACGAUCCAGAUGUGGAGUUUACUGGAGGCAGCUGCAGCUCGGCCGUAGCUUCAACUCAAAUCCAACUCCGACGUCCAGCAGGACGAUACCAACCGUUGAGCCCCGGGUCGGGGGACGGAACAGGAAUCAGGAGGUUCUGAUCCGGUUUGGUCUCGGCUCAGCGACCCGAGCGAUGGAGACCCGUCUGAGCGAGUGUUUUAUCAUGAGAAAGUCGUCUGCUGCUUUAAUCUCCCCCCCCCUGAGCGGAUCAGAACCUCCGUCUGGGCUCUGGAGAGUCUGAGGCCGCGGUUGUUUAACUUCCUGUAGUUUGUGAAAGUUCACCUCUUCCUUUGUCUCUAAUAACGGAUCAUCAUCGUUGUUUCUGCUCUAACAGCUUAGAUUUCGGCGCCGCGGCGUCUCCGAUCACACGCCCCCCCACCCCCACCCCAGUUCUUAUUUAUUGCUGUGUGUUGACCGUGGUCCGCCUGCGGCGGCGGUACCGGACCAGAUUGGACUUUUCUCUCGUGUCUGAAUGUGUUUGUGCUUCGUCCCUCCGGCGCCCGAGUCGCCGACGUCUUCUUCUUCUGUUCUCCUUUUACACGCGAGACUUUCAUGUGGAGCUGAUUGACAUGAAUGUACAGUACGCUUAAUAAAAGAUUCAAACGCAGCUGCGCUCUUCUUGAGUUACUGAGAUGUCUCGUUUAGAAACCGAUGACAUUUGUUCUGUAUUGCACCAAUCACCACAACAAAUUCCUUGUGUGUGUUAAACGACUUGGUAAUAAACUUAUUCCUGAUUCUGAUGACAGACACAUUUUAUCUCAUUACCUGUUAAAAAUGACUGAUUUAAAAUGAACGAUAAAGUUUAUACACCCCUCUGGGUCUUAUGUAAAAAAAAAAACAUCCUCAGACUUCCUGGUAGAAUAAAGUUUAAAUAAA